AUGCUAGACUGCCCAAGAGAUGUCGUCAUCAGUCUUCGUCUGGGCUGCGAUGUCCGCAUGGCGGGAAAAAGCGAUGACGUCAGCGAUUCCGUGAACUACAGUGAUGUUUGGAAAGACGUCAUCAAUUACGUGGAGUCAACAUGUUUUAAUUUGGUGGAGAAACUGUCGACUGAUGUGGCCAGGAUUUGUAUCGCUCUAUACAAGGUACCGUGGGUCCAAGUCCGAGUCCACAAACCAUUGGCCGCGCAUUUCUGUAACUCCGUCGGUGUCGAGAUAAAGAGAACACCGGAGGAUUUUAACGACAGCGUGGUCCAUCUCUCCCUCGGCUCUAACAUCCAGCCUAGAAAGAAUCUGAGAGACGCCAUCGCCUUCUUAAAGAAGAAAGUCUUGGUGCUCAAGAUGUCUUCACCAUUCCUUACCCCGCCUCAGCUGCAAACUAACCAGCCGGAUAUCGUCAACAUGGCGGUCCAAAUCCUGACGGAAAUGUCGCCAACACAACUGAAAACCUUCACGUCGGGGAUUGAAAAUGAGCUGCUGCGCGUGCGAGACCCUGACAACAAACACGGGCCCCGUACAGUCGACAUCGACAUCUCUCUCUGGGGGUCAGAAGUGUUGGAAUACGACGUUGUCAGCAUCGAUGAAGAAGGGGCCAAUCUCAACUCGCCUAACGUUGUCAGCAUCGAUAAAGAAGGGACCAAUCACAGCUCGCCUAACGGCCACGUCAGCAUCGAUAAAGAAGGGACCAAUCACAGCUCGCCUAACGGCCACGUCAUCACAAGGAAGAACGUGCCCGACCCAGACAUCCUUAGGUUUGCUCAUGUGGCCGUUCCAUUGGCUGAGAUCUCUCCCCACCUGAGGCAUCCAACCAAUGGCAGCACGCUAUCCUCCAUCGCCAGGGACAUAACGGGCCGCGAGGAUUAUGCUAAUACAUUCCCAAUCGUGGAACUCUUCCGUUAAAUAGGCCAGACUGAC